UUUUUUGUAGAACGUAUGCCGAAGAUCGCAGCGUCUGUUAUUAAAAUAGCUAUCUUUUCAUUUUCACCCUCGCUUCCUCUCUCUCUCGUCCUUUUCGUCUGUCUCUCUCUCAAAAAUCUGAGGCUCUGGGCCAACAACAGGAGGAGGAGGAGAAGAAGAAGGAGGAGAAGAAACGCAAGCGCCACCAACAUUAUGUUGCGCUUUAGACCAAACCCUUCUUUAUUUCUUCUCAUUCUCUCCCUCUUCCUCUUUGUUGUUUUCACCUCUGGAACCGCCCCUUCCCGCCGCUCUGGGCUUUUUCCAGAAGAUGGUGUGGAAAUUGAUGUUAGAAGUCAGUAUUUUGAUGUGCUGCCGUGGAAGACGAGGAGAUUACUGGCCAACGAAACAACGGCCAAUAGUUCUCUCGUGUUGGCUCAGGACAGAACUCGCCGGAAAGAUCCUCUGGACCACUUUAACCGCUACGCUGGUGGUUGGAAUAUCAGCAACCAGCAUUAUAUUGCUUCAGUUGUUUUUACUGCGGUUCCCUUCUUUGUCGUUGCUGCAGUUUGGUUCGUGCUUUUUGGGCUCAGUUUAUUCCUUAUCUGUCUGUGUCGUUGCUGUUGUCCAAGAGAACCUUUUGGCUAUUCUCGAACAGCUUAUGCUUUGUCCUUGAUCUUCCUUAUUCUCUUCACCCUGGCAGCAAUUGCUGGAUGUGUUGUCCUGUACACUGGUCAGGGGAAAUUUCAUGGCAGUACCUCAGACACACUGGAUUAUGUUGUCGAUCAGGCUGACUUCACUGCUCAAAACCUCAGGAAUGUGUCAGAUUAUCUUGAUGCUGCUAAGAAGAUUGGAGUUGAUGCUGUCUUUAUGCCAUCGGAUGUUCAGAAGAACAUUGAUGAUGUUCAAACAAAAAUCAAAUCUGCUGCUGCCACUCUUUCCAAUAAGACCCAAGAAAACUCUGAAAAAAUACAAGACGGUUUAGAUGCAAUGAGAUUAGCUCUUAUUAUUAUUGCAGCUGUUAUGCUCUUUCUUGCAUUUCUUGGGUUCAUAUUUUCCAUCUUUGGGUUGCAGUGUCUAGUAUACUUUUUGGUGAUUGUUGGAUGGAUUCUUGUUGCCGGAACAUUUAUUGUGUGUGGUGUGUUUCUCUUUCUUCAUAAUGCGGUUGCAGAUACUUGUGUUGCCAUGGAUCAGUGGGUGCAGAACCCAACCGCUCAUACAGCCUUGGAUGAUAUUCUUCCUUGUGUGGAUAAUGCAACUGCACAAGAAACCUUGACUCAAACCAAGGAUGGGACUUUCCAAAUUGGGAAGAUAAUUGGCAACGUCAUUGCUAAUGUCACAAACCGAAACUUCCCACCCAAUGCGGGACCUCUGUACUACAAUCAAUCAGGCCCCCAUAUGCCAGCGCUCUGCAAUCCAUUCAAUCCUGAUCUCACAGAUAGGCAGUGUGCUGCUGGGGAAGUGGUCUUGGACAAUGCCACUGAGGUAUGGAAGAAUUAUACCUGUCAGGUUUCAUCUGCUGGCAUCUGCAUCACACCGGGCCGGAUGACUCCGACCAUAUACGGUCAAAUGGCAGCUGCAGUGAACGUGAGCUACGGUCUGUAUCAUUACGGACCAUUCCUGGUAGAUCUCCAAGACUGCACCUUUGUCAGGAAAACAUUCUCAGACAUCAGCGGCCAGUAUUGCCCGGGUCUCAGAAGGCACUCCCAGUGGAUCUACCUUGGAUUACUCUCAGUAUCUGUCGCAGUGAUGCUGUCUCUGAUCUUCUGGGUCAUCUAUGCGAGAGAGAGGAGGCAUCGUGUGUACGCAAAGCUUAUGACAGAAGAUAAAGCCCCUUGAAGGCAUCAUGCGUUACUGUAGUGAGAAGAUUAUGGUGUUCAUUUGUGUUUGGUGCUGUGCAAGAUUUUUGAGUCGCAUAUGUUUAUUGGUAUUUAUUGUUUUUAUUGAAGAGAUGUUUAAAUCUCUCUUAAUAGUAUGAGUAAUAUAUAGGAAGUGGUACCUGUAGUAGUGUAUUUAUUAUGGUGUAUUAACUAAUUUAUUGUAUGUAUAAAUGAGCACUUAAGGGAAAAAAGCCUUGCUUUGGCACGUUUUGACGUGAA